AUGACUGUCACCUCAACCCCAACCAUCAUACCCACGUUGUCCGUCGAUGUCUCGCCGGGCGUCACUGCACAACCGUCCGUCCCCACCGACACCGACUCCAACCACCUUGCCGCCCUCGCCGCCGGCACGUCUCGUCCCAUCACCCCAGCGUCCCCAGACCCCCUCCUCGGUCGCGGACACACAUACCUUACCGUCACAACGCAUGUAUGCGACCACGAGCACGAGGCUGCCACCUGCCCCACCGAAUCAAACAUUAUCCGCUCUCUUUCCCACCGCCUCCAGCAUAAUCGCCACCCUUCUCUCAAGACCGAGGUGCGGCACGGCCACACAGUAGUGCAUGCUGUCAACGACGCGCUCGCAACUGCGUUCCCGCAUAUAAACGUCAAGCUCCACGCAGACCUGAAUUUCGGAGACCACCACCACCCCUCGCUCGUCGAGGCGCUCGAGGUCACGCGGGACGGCGACGCUAUCGACUGCGAGGGCGAGUGGUGGUGGGAGAACGGCCGCCAGGUGGUGCAGGUGAUCAAGGACGUGCACGGCGUGGUAGGCGUGCGGCAGGUGUAG